UGGCGUGACCAGCAUAAUAUUUUGCCCAGAAAAGCGGGAGAUCGAGCUAAAGUGGACCAUGACAGCGAGCGCGCCGUUCAUGGGUGACCCUGUCAAGCUGAGCGCGGUGUCGCUCUAUGACUUGAACGAUCACGGCUUCAUCUACCAGCACAGCAUCGACAACCGGAUCAAGAGGGACCUCUGGGAGUACUCGCACUCGUGGAUGGGCGUGCUCAAGGCGGAUUGUCCCCCCUCUUUGUGAUCUAUGUGGCUACUGGUGCGCGCUCUUGCUGGCUACUCUCGCUUGAGGAAGAGCAAGAGGAGGAAGCAGGAGCUGAGGGAUGUAUGGGAAACAACGGGGGGGCGAGAGAGAGAGAGUUCGGAAGACAACACUCUAGCUUCCGGAAGAGCAAGAGGAGGGAGCGGAGGCUGAGUGAUGUAUGGGAAGCAACGGUGGGCGGGAGAGCGUCUGGAACACGCCGGGAGACCGGGCAAUCUAAGCAUGGGUGACCAAGCCCUGCUACCCAGCAACGUAGCUGGCGCCUCGCUCGCUGGCGGGCUCCGCACAUCGGGCUUGGCCUCUGCUCGUGUUUUAGGCCUGCCGCGGCAACGCACGUCUCCUACGUGGCGAGAGAGGGGCAGGGCAAGAACAAGAGCAAGUGCUGAAGGGACAAAAAGGAGCUGUCUUGUCGACUUCACUGCCGUGGCAUGCCCCGUCGACUGUACAGGGGGCUGCGAAAACACGCGAAGCAUUGAUGUAGUGCUCUCCUGUACCCUCGCCCGAUGACUCGGCAGGUGGGGGCCGACGAGGAUUUGUGGUGGGUAAGUUAUGGACUACGCAAGCACGCGUAGGUUGUUGGAGUAUUUCGAUCCUCGCCGGGUAGACUCUUAUCUACUGUACGUGUGCCCAUUCGACGUUGUAUAUCACAUAGAUUUGUUGGAGUACGGUGUCUGUGGUCUGUUACUGUUCUUUGGGCAGAGUUAGAUUGGACUUGCCUCUUUUUACGCUAUACUUGGUAUUUUCGUAUUCCGUCGAACGGCAUCGUCUCUUCUCCACUACAAUAGAGAGGUGGGGAUAACGCGAUGUAUAUGCUGUAUUCCUUGUUCACAUUAUUUCAUUUUGUGACAAAGUCUACCAUAUGCGUCUGUGAAUGAUGCAGGAACCAUGCCAUUGCUUACUACUGUCUACCAAUUUUUCUCGAGCUUAGGAUAUCUGUACAUAUGUUGUGAUAACGAAGAACAUUCCUAUCAAAACAUUCACAAUAGGCGCUGGCGACCUAGUGCGCUCCACGGCGUGAAACUUGUGUCGGAGUAGCAAGCGAACGUUGUGUUUGAAGAGGCAGGAGAGCCUAUAGUCGACGCAUUGUAUUUGACUGAGCAGAGCAAUCCUUUCGUGUUGCGUUUUGGUAAAUAAAUGGUGCGUAAAUAUUUAUAUUUUUUAGACAUAUCAAUGGCAAGAAUAUCACCAGGGGACUACGGUGAUCAUGUUGUGGGUAUGUUAAGCUCGUGUCCGUUUUAAGCGUUGAUUUGAAACCUAUCAAUUGUGUGUCUUCCAUCUGUGUCUUGAUGGUACGGAGCCGCGGAGCAUGAGGGGUGAUUUCAUCGUGGUGUGUGUUGCGCUCGUGUGCGUCUUAAACGUUGAUUUGG